AUCUUUAUCUCGGGAUUGUCAUGUCUUUGAUUAAACCAUUACGUCUCAUUCGUGUGGAUGCAUCAUUGAGUCAGAAUGAUCCACUCCAAUGGUCUGAAAACUCCCAAUUGGCUUUAAAUGGGUAUAAUCAAAUUACUUUACUUGAACCAAAAUUACCUUCUUUACAUCAAGCAAUCAGAAAAGUAAACGACGUUACUGUUUUGGAUCCCAAGCAUCUUUUCCAAUUGACCACCAUUUUGGAUAGGGAUUCCAUUAAGAGUAUGCCAUUGGGUAAUUUCAAUGAUAUCGUUGUCCUAACUGGUGAUGAACCGGUUAAUAUAAGUAAUGUUGUAGACUAUAUUAUUGUGAGUCAUCAGUGGACACCAACCUCAGACACUUCACGAGACAAUUUAUUAGGUGUUUUAUUUAAUUCAGGAGAAUUGCUUAUAAUUGGAAGAAAGAAUACCCAGAGCAACAAGUAUUUUGUUCUAGUCGAAAUGUUUGAUGUGUUGGCUGACCAGGUUGGGAUUACUGACGAUGGCAAGAAACAUCAUGUUGAUUCAAACCAAUUAUUUUCUUUAAAAGUUAAAAGUUUCCACUUUAGUAGUAUUGGGCCGUUGUUAUUAUUAUCAAUUGUCAAUGGCAAUAAUACUUUGUUUGUUUAUAAGGUCGACAGGGAUACUUAUGGCCUUGAGUUGUUGGCCAGUAUUGACAACGGGUUCAAAAUUAUUAAACAAAAAUGGUCUAAUUGGAAGGGUAACGCUAGUUACAUUACUGUUAUUUCUCCUGAAAACUCAUUACGCACUUUUAAGCUUACUUACGAAGAUGAUAAGUUGCAGAUCUUCGAGCCAACUCUCGUGUUCCAACCUACAAGAUUCAGAAUCAGUCAACUUGAAUAUAUAUACUAUCAGGAUGACCAACUAUUAGUAACCACAUUGACAGGUAAAUUGGUCAUUAUUGAUUCGAACCACCAAGCUUAUACACAUCUGUUUGAUAAUUAUACAACCUGUGUUUCAGUAACCACUGGAAUUAUUGGAACAGUCUUAACUUUAAUAUUGGCAUUUGAAAAUUCAGCAUUUGUCACUGUUAAAUUUGAUCUUGACAAACAUGUAUUUGAAUCAAUUCCAACCGAUAAAUCGCUUACUUCAUUUGUAGAGACUGUUCUUUCAACCUAUCAACUUGAAAACAUGGCCGAAGAAGAUGAAGAAGGCGAGGGAGGAUCGGGCAGUGAAGGGUUAUUAGUUGUUCAAGGAGUAAAACUAUUUCAUAACAACAUUCUAUCAGUACAGUAUAAAACCAACCCUAAAAAUUCAUUGAUUUAUCGACAGCAGGCUCAAUUAGAAAGCCACCUCCAGUUUAUUCAGUUGGAAACACCUAUACAAGAACCGGUGCAAGCAUCCACCAACCAGACUUCCAUUGCUAAAGUUGUUGAAUAUUGGUUUGAGAACUUCGCCAAAAUUCCUGAGUUUCAUGAUGAUAUUGAUCAAGAGAGGACUGAACGAAUUGAAAAAUUUGUUGAAAAGCUUGAAGAAUUCAAGAAAGCAAACAUUGUGGAUAUUGACUUGGAACUUGAUCUGGAAAAGUUUGCAGACUUCUCAUUAUUGUUACUUACCAAAUUCAAUAAGAAUGUACAAGUGAAUCAAUUGCAAUAUCAACACACAUUAUCUAGACUUUUGAUUAAUUCAUUGAUUAUAUUUAAAGAGGGCAAUUCCAAACUCACUGCUUUCUUAGAGCAACUCAAAAAUGAUAUAAAAGAUAUUGAAAACAAACUUCUGAGUUAUUUAAAAAAAUUGAUUUUUAAAUAUAUUGAUGAUAACAAUAUUGAACCUAGCAAUGAAUUUGAUAAAUAUCUACUAAUUUCAAACUUGCAACAAUUACGUGAAUUGGGGAUAGAAGUCACAACGAAAGUUCCGGAAAAUUGUAACAUUACCAUGGGCACUAAAUUUUAUUCAGAAACAUUUGAAGUACAUGUUAAAGACGUUAUCCCUCAUGACAGGCUAGUGUGUUCUACAACUGAUCAUGGAUGGUCAGUAUGUGCUCUAUCCAAUCUACCACUUUUACAGAUGAAUAACAGAAGAGACGAAUUAGCCCAAUUCCACUACAUAAUACCGGAGGAGGAAUUUGGAGGAUUAAUUAAUGAUUUAUUGCAAACUGUCAAUUAUUGUUAUAUAAGUGGUAAUAAGACUUAUCAAUUAAAAUAAACUUCCAACAACCCAUACACUUUCACCAGUACACCAAGAUUGCAAUUUCCCUAAAUGGCUAGGUGGACAUGAAGUUAUACUUGGUAUUAUAUAACCCAUAGUCAUGAUUGCAAAUAAAUAAAUUGUCAUUGAUAAUAUUGGACAUUGAUGUAAUAACCAAAAGUAAACUAAUGAUAUUCCGAAUAAAACACCUUGCCUUGUUUUCAACCAUUGUUGUUGUUCUGAAUAUGUGAAGUCUAUUUCAUUGAAAUAUGGAAUCACUAAGUCUUGUGCAAGAUUAUUUACUCCGUAAUACGUCGUUAAUAUUAACGUAGUAUAAUAAUAGUCACAAAAGUUUAGUAUGGCAACAACAACAGCGGAUUCAAAUGGUCCUAGUUUAUCUAAGAAUGUCAAGAAUGAAAUCAAACCUAACACAAAAGUGGAUAUCCUACUGGGGAAAAAGGUUGUGAUGAAUAUAAUACAAUUUAAAAGGUAAAACCCAGUAUAUCUUCUUAAAAAUAAUUUGAACUGUCUGGAAUGCUUGAAUAAGUAUUGAAGUUUGUCAUGCCAGGAACCGUCAUAUUGGAUAUGAUGUCGAGCACUCGAAACAAGUAGGAUGCUCUUGUAAUACUCCAUGUUGUUAUAUUUUAAGCUGGAAAGAAAUAACCCUUGCGAACUUGGUCCCAAAUAAUUGCACAAUGUUAACAUGAACAAAUUAACGGAGUAAGGGCACAAAGCAAGCCAUUCUCCAGGAAGCAUACUUUUUAUAAAGUAGUAUGGGAUAUUUAGGAUAAUGUACAACACUAUUGAAACUUUUAGGGACUGCAAAAAUAGUAUAACAUUUGGUUUAGUAUACAAUUCUGCAUUUUGUAAUGACUUGAAAAACGAUGUUAAUGUUAGUUCAAUGCUUUUUAGUACAACCCAAGUGGAGAUUGAAUGCACUGGUUUAGAUAUAAGUAUUGGAGAAGCCAUAUCCUUUUGUUUAGCCAAAGUAUGUGUUUCUUUGGAUUACAUAGUCAAGAUAACAUAAAUAACUUUAACAAUUGCAAGUAUUAUUCGCACAACGUGGUUGCAAUUUAUACUCGUCUGGAAAAAUUUCGUGCAAAACUCAAUUAUAAUUGCGUGGUUUCUUUUUUUUUCUAGAAGGAAGAAAAAAAUUUCCUCCGUACCUCCCGAUGAUGUCGCAAAAGGCAAUAGUUUUCUGGCCUAGUCUUUCUUUUUUUUUUUUACAUAUGAAUGGAUUGCAUUAAUUUUGUAAAGAAAUCUCUUGAAGCAUGUAUAAACUUUUGUUCGGUUUCAAAUUGUUCAAUGACUGAACUGUUCAAGGUUAAUUCAUUCUGAGAAUUAAUACGUUCAAUCAUUUCCUUGUAAUUAUACCCGCUAAUUAAUUUCAAAUCGAAAUCAACAUUAUGGUCAAUAUCAGAUUUAAGGAAAUUCCAUACUUGCUGAGAAGAAGUUGAAUCUAACUCGUUUAAAUAGCUCUUUUGUAAAACAAUUAAGUUUGUUUGGGAAUCUUGGUGAUAACCGACAAGUUUAUAUUCUUCUUUAUUUUGCAGUGAAAUGAAUACACCAUUAGUGAGCGAUUUCAAUAGGCCAAACCUUCCUGAUCUUGAAGAUAAGGAUGACAAGGCCGAUGAUCCUGAAGCACCAUGGAUUGAAUAAAUCAAAUGUAACACAGUUGCCGUAAAAAGACCAAUUAAUAUCGACUUAAGUGCUUUAGGUGAUAUCAUCAUUAUGAAUAUUGGUCUUUAACAAAGGAUGAGCUAAUUAACAACGAUGAAUUGAUAUACUGAAAAAUAAAAAUCUAUAGGAUUGAAGCGAAUGUGUUUGCUUUUGAGAAAUGUGGGUAUUCUGAAUGCUGCAAAACAAAAACUCUAGCUAGUGAUGAGGUAAAAGGUAAAGAUUCCAGAUCUUAGGUGAAAAUAAUGUUAUCCGAUGAUUGUGAAGCUGUAGAUGUGUCAACGAAUGUGUAAUGAGCAAUGCAGAAGGAUUU